GCCAUCAUCGUCAUGUCUGACACUUUUAGAGUUAGCAAAACCCCUCGGGCGAGCAUUUCGGGUAGGUCCGGUUUACCAGCAAUUCGGUCGAUUCCUCGGAUGAGAGGGAGUAUCGACUCUUCGGACGAGCUUACGGGAAUUAUUGUGUACGCAAUUCCCGCUUUAGCUCGGAAGUCUGGUGGCUCCCCUAUUGUGGUAUCUGCUCCAUCUAGAAAUACUAACGAUGCUCUUAUGGCAGCAGAUUCGGAAUCAUUACCUCUCGCUAGACCAAGCCGGCCUUCAAACGCUACUUCGGCGGCAACGCUUGCGGAUGUUAUUAGAGAAUCGGCUAUGAGUCCGGAGGAGCUGCUUUUGAUUAAGGUUUUGGAAUUGACUCCACUAGAGAACGGAUGGUACUUGCAUCCUCAUUUACCACGUGUGGGCAAGGAUCGAUUUUACACACUCACAGGCUCGUAUAAGGCUUCUUCUGCAAUCCAACCGGGUCCUCUUACUACUGAGGAGUUAUCCGUCCUUUUUGAUGAAUUAGGCGUUGAUUCAGAAAAAUUUCGAGGCCGGGUACCCAUUGAUUCUGAGGAUAGUCCCGUUGACGAGGAAUUAGCCUUGUACUUCGACCAUUUCUCGGCAGGCCUUACGCUGCCCAUGGAUCCUUUCGUGGAGGUGAUCGUGACAUAUAUGGGCAUCACGAUGGACCGUCUCUACCCGGGUGACCUUAGGAAAAUCGUCCUUUUUGCCACGUUAUGCCGAAUGCUUGGAGUCGAGCCUUCUCUAUUCGCAUUCACAUCGUUCUUCUUCAUGUCCCCCCAGAAUAACGAAGUCGUGCUGCUCAAAUGGAGGCCGGGGGAAAAGUUGUUUAAUACCCCGGAAAAUCCAUAUCCUCACUAUCAAUCUCGAAGAAUUUUCGUGACUUCAAAGGAUGGCUGGGGCGUUCCUCGAGUAGCCCGAGAUUUUGAGGACACGGCUCUAAUAAAGAAAGUGAAUGCUCGGGAUCGUUAUGAGAGAGACACUCCAAAUUAUAUUCGGGGAGUUCUUCGUGAGGGCAAAUGUUUUUGCUCUGAUUAUUUGCUUAGAGAAGACGUCCAAUCCUUUGCGGGAGCAAGACGAAGGGUGAACGAUGAUGUGAAGCGCCUCCUCUUUAUAGCUCCGAACAGACGAAACACACUAUGGAAAAUCCAUGGGAGCUACAAGACUCCGGUUUUCAAGGAAGAGUGCCAGCCUCAACCCUGCAAAUGCCCCCCGAGCGAGGAGUAUGUGGAAGAAUCCAGGUUUGAGCCGGAAUGGCGACCAAGUGGUCGGUUGGCCUUGAACGAAAAACGAGCUUUGGAAAGGAGGGCAAGACUAGAUGCCCUUAAUGUGGCCAUGUACAUACCGCAAGUGCCCAUCAACGGUUUGAAAAGCAUGGCGAAGGAGGUUCUUGGACCGGUCGCUUCUUGUGUCACGACAAAGAAACGGAGUUACAGCGAAAGCAAGAAUCCGUCCAGCUCGGCUUCACGUCCGGGUCCGUCACGAAGAGUAAGACGAAGAUUGAUUUUGACGGACUCGGAUCAUGAGACGUCUGAUGAAAUCAUGAUGGAUUCUUCGAACGGAAAAUCCCACUCCGAUAAGACAAGAUCUCUAGCCGAGGUGAAUGAGGUGCUCGACAGACUCUCGUCGCCCGUUAAAGAAUUUGAAGGCGACACCACGACCCAAGAACUUGUGUCCGGAGAUGAGGAUUUCUGGCUCGGGAUGUUGGGCAGCGCUUCUGAAGAAGUGGCUGGAGCGGGCGAGACUUCCGGUCUAGAAUUGAUUUUUGCAACCGGAAAAGAGGAUGGUCUCGAAGCCCUUCUUGCUGGUGAUGCCUCGAAUUCACAUGAUCAAACGAAU